UCAUUUGUGAUGGAAUGUAGCGUACCCCUCCCCUAAACCUGCUCUUGAACUGGCGUCUCGUGUGAUUGGCUGUGGAGUCUCAAUCGGGUCGGCUUCAUCUUGUGAAACGUGACGAAAUCUCGACAGUCUUCUGAAGAACAGCGCAUAAAACCCAGCCAGCAUCCCGACCAAUAUUAACCAAUAAACGGGCAAAGAUGAGUAACUCUACUGCAUCAAGGGCUUUCGCGAACCUGAACGGUAAUUACGAGCUUAAAGGGUCGGCCGGCCGGCAGCAGAAGGCCGUGAUGGUGGACGGAGUGACCCUGAACGGGCCGCUGAGUGAUAACCGCGAUGGGGAGCGCUUCCUGGAGGACGCGUUUCAGAUUAUCAUGAACGAGGCGGUCAAGAAAGGGACAGACGUGACAGAGAAGGUGUGUGACUGGAAGGAGCCCGGGAAGCUGAGGGAGAUUAUGGACCUGGAGCUGAGAGAGACCGGGGAGAACCACGAGAGGCUGCUGCAACGCUGCCACGACGUGGCCAAAUACAGCGUCAAAACCAGUCACCCCCGUUUUUUCAACCAGCUCUUUGCCGGGCUGGACCAUCACUCCCUCGCAGGAAGAUUCCUCACAGAAGCCCUGAACUCAAGCCAGUACACGUAUGAGGUGGCGCCGGUCUUCGUUCUCAUGGAGGAGGUGGUGCUUUCCACGCUCCGCUCCCUGAUUGGCUGGGACUCCGGUGACGGGAUCUUCUGCCCUGGCGGCUCCAUCUCUAACCUGUACGCCAUGAACCUGGCGCGGUACCGAGCGUUCCCCGAGGUCAAGCAGAGGGGGCUGUGGGCCGUCCCGCGACUGGCUGUCUUCACAUCGAAGGAGUGCCACUAUUCUGUGGGCAAGUCUGCUUCUGUUCUGGGAGUCGGGCUGCAGAACGUGCAUCCAGUCAAAGUGGACGAGAGGGGUGUGAUGAUCCCAGAAGAUCUCGAUGAGCAAAUCGAAAAAGCCAAAUCCCAGGGUUCGGUUCCGUUUCUGGUCAGCGCCACGUCCGGUACCACGAUCCUGGGGGCCUUUGACCCGCUGGACAAGAUCGCUGAUGUGUGUGAAAAGCACAAGCUGUGGUUCCACGUGGAUGCUGCCUGGGGUGGAAGUGCCCUGCUGUCGAAAAAACACAAACAUCUUCUGAAGGGGAUUGACAGGGCUGAUUCGGUGGCCUGGAACCCCCACAAGAUGCUGAUGGCCGGUCUGCAGAGCUCCGCCUUCCUUAUGAAAGACAGCAGCGGUUUGCUGAAGCAGUGUCACUCGGCCAACGCCACAUACCUGUUCCAGCAAGACAAGUUCUACGACAUGAGCUACGACACAGGGGAUAAGUCCAUCCAGUGCGGCCGCAAGGUGGAUUGCCUCAAACUGUGGCUCAUGUGGAAGGCCACGGGGACGCUGGGCUUGGAGCAGCGCGUGGACCGGGCCUUCGCAUACACCAGGUACCUUGUGGAGGAGAUGAAGAAAAGAGGUGGCUUCCAGCUGGUUGUGGAGCCCCAGUUUGUGAACCUGUGCUUCUGGUAUGUCCCCCCCAGUCUGAGAGGGGAGGAGGGCAGUGAGGGUUACCAGGAGAAGCUGUCCAAGGUGGCUCCGACAAUCAAAGAGCGGAUGGUGAAGAAGGGCAGCAUGAUGGUGGGCUACCAGCCACACCAAGACAAGGUCAACUUCUUCCGCUUGGUGGUGAUCAGCCCUCAGAUCACUAGAGCCGACCUUGACUUCUUCCUGGAUGAGAUUGAGAGCCUGGGGCGAGACUUGUAGCCGACUACACCGACCCUGAAAACGAGAUCAUACUAGUACUUUGCCCUCUCCCUUAGAUUCUGCCGGGAAGGGUUUUGUUUCGCUUUAUUUUUUUCAUGCAGUGUUUUAACACAGGACAGCUUUCGUAGGUUUUUUUUUUAAUCAUCUGGUCCAUUUUAAAAACCGCUAUAAGAACGCUGUAAUUCAAUUUUAAUCCCAGAGUUUGCACGGCUGCUUCUGCUGAUGCUGUGGACCAAACGUUCCCUGCAGAUCGGAAAAGCUUUUAUCAAGAUUGCAAGACCGCUGCCCGGGAUCAUAAAGACCCUGCAGCUUGUUCUGUGUCUGAAAUCUAAAGCGCUUUGUUGAGUCGCACUGGGAAGCACUUGCCUAGGCAAGCCAAGCGGCCUGUAGUAUUAAGAGUCUAUCAAGUGUUUGAAUGAAUGUUUCACAGCUUUAUCAUAGUGCUGUGUUCAGUAGCCAGUUAGGAUUGUAUUGAAAUACUCUAAAAUAAAUUACUGAUUUCUGGCUUCUGACAAAAAUAGACCCGUUACAUGUUAUUGAUUUCAGAAGUAAUAGACCGGGCUAUAAUCAUGGUCUAAAAAUAGAUAUUUCACGCUUUUAACCCUAUGUAUUAAAGCAGAAAUAAAACAGCGUUGACACAUUCAAACUUGAUCAUUUUUCUCUAUAGUUAUUAUACAACACAUUUCACAGAAAUGGUGACAUCCGUGCUCACUGGGAAAUAAAAACAAAAAUACAGCCUUAGUAAUCACCUUUUACUGGCAGCUUGAGAAUAAUGAAACUGGAAAAAAAAAGAUUCUUAAAAUAUGUAAAUCUGAAGCAGAAUUUUAACAAGUAGAUUGGAAUUCCAGAACGUGAAGUGAACUUCCAAGUACUUUUUUUUUUUAACUUUAUUGAAACAAAUCUGUCUUCAGGUUUGAAUGUGAAGUGCCAAGGAACAUUGUAAAAACACAAUGUCGGGAAACAGAGCCGACCUUUUGUAAUGACACGGUUGGCAAAUCGACAGGGUAAUGGUAGACUUUGUAAGACGAUCACAGAAACUUCUUUUAGGAAUAGACACUGUGUCGAGGGGAUAAAGCCUGUAUUGUCGUCUUUGUCACAAGUUCUGAAUAGAUGGUUUUGUCUGCACUGUGACGUGAGGGUGGAGGAGAUUGAUCUGCAUUGCUACUGGGGCAGAGUUGUACCAAUAUUACAGUUACAGCGACACAGUCAAUUUCAUCCUCUAGGGGGCGCUGUGGAAGUGCUCUGAGAAAUUACCCCAGCGCUCUCCUCACGCACACUGUGCAAAGACCUGAUCGCAAGGAUUAUUUGCUUAUUUAGCAGACGCCUUUAUCCAAGGCGACUUACAGAGACUAGGGUGUGUGAACUAUGCAUCAGCUGCAGAGUCACUUACAACUACGUCUCACCUGAAAGACGGAGCACAAGGAGGUUAAGUGACUUGAUCAGGGUCACACAGUGAGUCAGUGGCUGAGGUGGGAUUUGAACCGGGGACCUCCUGGUUACAAGCCCUUUUCUUUAACCACUGGACCACACAGCCUUCUCAAGUGGUGUGUAUCCUCGGGGAUGGAAAAAAGACUCCCCAUUCCUUAGCGCUUUGAUCCAUUCCUGGAUUUACUAUGAGUCGAAUCAGACACACCUGAGCUUGUUACCUGUACACUGUGGCUAAUCAAGCUCACAGUAAAACCUGGAAUGGGUGGCAGUGCUAUGCAACAGGAGUCUUGUUUCCAGCUCUGUGUUUUAGUGUUGUGUGGCUUGUGUCUUGAAAUUGCACAGGGUGUUUUUUUUGUUUUAACUGCUUCUUAAUGAAUGUCCUAAUGUAUUUUUUUGUAUUAAAUGCAGUUCAUUUUUGAGUAAAUCUAAUAAAUAAAAUAAAAUAAGAAAA